AUGAUCGGGGUUUUUGGCCGUCUGGCAGCCAAUGUGCUAAAGCCACGCGUCUCAACCACGAUCGGUAGAUCUACAGUGCACACAUUUCAAGGCCACAGGCUUUCGACGCAGUCAGCAAUGCCUCUUAUAACACUGCUGAAGCCUAUACUGCCAAUGGAACCAAACACAGCAACAGAGGAGAUGUUCACAGAUAGUGUAAUGCGGAAAAGACGACUAAAGAUGAAGAAACACAAGCUGCGGAAGAGAAGAAAGAGACAAAAGGCUGAGAAGAGAAAACAAUCGCAAGGUAAAUGA